GCUUUGUAAUGUAGGUAGUAGUUUCUCUAUUUUUCGCUCUAUAAUACUCAAAGUUCCUACUUUGCAAUUCCAUCUCAAACGUCACCAGUCUAUUUCUUGCGUGGGCUCCCAUAUAGAUUUGUCGUCAUUUGUUAUCCAACCGGCAUGCUCAAGAUCAGAUCGCACUGUUUUGGCCUGGUUCUUAGGCGCCUACAUUUAAUUCACAUGUCGUAAUUUGUUGUGAUUCGGUUUUCGUUUGUCGGAUUUCGCAUAACAACGAAUUAUGACACAUGACAACCAGCCUUAUAUAGGUAGUUAAGAAGUAGUUAAUAACACCUCGUCUUCGAUUCCUCGCCAUUUUAUUUGUUCAUAGCACCGUUAAAGGUUUUGGGCUUCAUCUUUUGAGCUGCACUGGGAUAGCCAUGCAUGUAUAAGGUUCACUCAGAUACAACCCGUCUCUUUGUCACUUGUUUUUUAAGGAAGUGCCGAAAUUCAAACAAUACUUCGACUGCCGCGCCAUUAUCCGAAUGCAUGUAAGUUAAUGUGAAUACAUUGAACGUAUUAAUGCAGAAAGUUUCAGCCAGAUUACGGGGAUGCUCUCUUAAUUGCUCGCUCACCUUAUGCAGCAACAGUAUAGAGACCAUAUUUAGCCCAUUCUCCGGCACUGGGCGAAUUUUCGGAAACGCGAGGAAGACGGCUAUAUUGGGCAAUGUGUAAUCAAUAAAAAUGAAUAAUUAAAGAUUCAUGCAUGCAUAAAUGCAUGGCGUAGUUGAUAGUAAACAUCGUUGACGUUCUAAGUAGAAUCUUUUGAGAUUGUAAACCUUAUUAUGUUUCUAAAUUUUUAUUCUAUUAACUAUAAGCAUAUCUGUUUCAAAGAGUUUGCUUUAGCAGUUGCCGGUCUCCAUGUAUUUCUUGGGUUAUCUACUUCUCGACCUUUUCACUAAUUUGCGAUGCUAAUUUUCUAUUUUUAUGUCCACCCGUCAGCAUACAGCCAAUAGCAAACCAGUACAAGUAUCAUUGCCAUUGGGUAUUAUACCCGUUGUCAUAGUUGUCAUAGUUAUAUAGCUUAGUUCACAAUUUCUUUAAAGGAGUAUUCAAGAGAGUAUUUCAAAGAAUAUUCUUUGUCGAGCCUGUGAAGACUAGAUUCUACAUUAUGGUUUCGGUGAGGAUAUUUUACUGUUGGUCAAUAUCGCUCUUAGCUUUAAUGGUGCAAUCAAGCAACGACGAAUUGUCGAACUUAGAGCCUAACAAAACAUUAAAAAGGCAAGAUAACCAAAGUAUCAAAAGUGAGAGUAUCUUCCCGCCGUCUGCGACUGUAAACACCAAAGAUCCGCAAUGCGCUCUGUUGAUGAAUGAGAGUGGAAUUACAGAAGUUAUUAAACUCGUACAGCAUGAGCUUGUUAACAUAGUGGAUCUUUCCUUCUCGACGAGUUCCAACAACAGGCUGUUAGCAAACAAGCAAAUAGCAAUAGUGAAACCCAUUGGUGAACAAAUUUUGUAUGCGCUUGAUAUAAAUGACUACAACUACGCUAUGUGGUCCUUGAAUGUUGGCCGGAGAAGCUACAAUUUAAAUGUUAGGGAAGAUCCCGAGGAAUGUUUGGGAGACUCUUACGACUAUGUGGUUGCGAAUACUUUUAAACGAAUCGUUCUCCGAAUGAAGCCAAAUCCAACAAAUUACAAAAUCUGUUAUUUGCAAAGGACAAACCUGUGGGAAUCACGUCAGAUCUGCUGCCAUAUUACCAAGCCUGAUCCUACGAACUUUGAGUACAGAUGUCCCGAAAUACAGUCACAUCAUGGUACUUAUAAUUUUCUUUGGGUCAUUGCGAUUUUUGGGACAGGUCUUCUUCCAGUUAUCUUCUUGAUCUUCCUUUAUUCGUUUCUGUCUCAUAGUGUCUUUGACGAAAAGUAUCCGCAGUACCGCAAGCUACAGGAAAGCCCAAUGUCUCUGUCCUCAAUUCUCUUUAAAUUUUUUUGGAGUGAACGCGGGGGUAUAGUAACCUUUAUUCGUAAGAUUGCAUUAAUAUCGGCCUUGUUAUGUAUUAUACACCGCAGUUACAGAAGCAACUUACUAAAUAUUAUCGUACUUUUACCUAUGAUCGCCUACCACGCUCUUGUAAUAUCCUCUCUCGUUGCCUACCGAAUAAGAAAUAAGCGCAAUAAAGAGUUUAUCGAAAUACUUCAAGAUGAAGGAUUUGUCGGGGGAGUCCCUUUUUUGAACCACUUGCCAUUCAACGUUAAGUCUUGGCGAAGAAAUGUUAGGGACGUGGAAAAUUUCAUUUUUACAAUCCCAAAUAAAUUUGUUAGACCAACCGUUAAAACAAUUCCAAAAUCAGUUGCACUAUAUGCAUGCUAUUCACUUAAAGUGGUACUCUUUGUUUUCUUCUUUUUACUUGCCCCAGCUAUUAUAUAUUUUUACGCCAUAUUAUUCCUGACGCCGCACCUCAUCAUGCAAAUUUUAGAAUUUGAAUAUACCUAUCACCGAGAUAAAUACUUCUACCCGUCACACUGCGAAAUGUUUGAUGUUUUGUGCGCAGUCCUUCUAUUGACAUUUACCUCCUAUUCGUAUUAUAUUCUGGUUCUCGCUUCUCAGUCUUUCUUGUUGGGAUUGUUCUUAAAUAUUGCUUACUUCGCUCCCUAUGCUGCACCGCUUGCCGUAACCGCAUUCUAUUGCUGCACUUGUUGGAAGUCUGUGGAAAGAAAAUACUACUACUUGGAACAGCUAAUAUACGAAGAAUGCGGAAAAGAGGAAAUCAAUAAUAAUUCGAACCAACGUCUGCAACAAAACGAAAGGUUGUUACCCGUUGUGUCCAAAGAGCUUUACGAAAAUAUCAGAGAGAAAUUAUUACCCUACGAUACAAACUUGACUUGGCUUGGUUUAAAGAUUGGACUUUUGCUUGGAUAUUUGUACUUCAUUCUUAUGGUGUUAGAUAUGCUUCAUGAACACAAUUUUACAAUUCCUGCUCAAAUGUGGACAAUGAUUAGUGUCAGUAUCAUACCGUUUAUAUUCAAUACGUUAGCAUUGAAAGUCAGCGGUGGAGAAGGAAAAGAACCAUGGAUUAGGGUCCUAGAACUGAAUGUGAAAGAAAUGGUGCCUAAACAAACCGAUGGAACUCGUUCUCGACUAGCUCGUAGAGCUUUGGUAGUGAAGGAAAGCAGUUCAAACACAGUUUCUGGCGAUGUUGUUGAUUCUCAGAUACACGAAUGACGUUAUAUGUGAUAAAAACAACUCACCCCGGCGGCUCGUGGCCACUUUGCUUUGUUCUUAUCACUGACACGAAUGGCAUUAUCCGGUGAAUCUAUAACUGAACAGACAACGGUUCCUUUGAAGGAUCGCUGGCUUCGCUGCUACGACUACGAGAUUGGCUAUAACUGAAUAACCGACUAGCCUGCGUGCGGACUUUGUUAAGAAUGUUCUCAAUGGGAGGAAUCAACGUCACUGCAGAUUAUGCUCUUUCGAUUCACUGAGUAACCACUCAAUUCUUUUGUUGCUAGAUUUUAUUUAGCAGCGUCGUCAUAAUUAAAGGUAUAGAUAUGCGCUUUCAAGUCAAAUGAUGCAAAAUGCUGAUUAUAUUUUCUUUUGCGAGGAAUCACUUGUCGAAGGUUGCAAUUCAAUCGACGAUGUUGUGCUCGGCAGUUUCCUUGAGGGACGACGACACAUUCCCACCAGAGGGAACCACCACGAUUGCCAGAGGCGCCUCACCUUCUGUUUUCCGAUAAGAAGUAUUAAUGUGCCAGCUUGAAAGACGAUUCCAGAGAGCAAGAAUACAAUUACCAGCCCAUAGGAGGUUUCAUAUUCAAGAAAAUCUAG